CAUUGGCUGCGACGCAGGGCGGGCGGAAGCGGGGCCGCUGAGCGCUCUCCUCAGCGCCAUGGCGGCGGCCCUGGCGCCACUGGGGCCGGGACUCGCUCUCGAUCUGGGGCUGGAGUCCGUUCUGCGGGAGGCCGUGGCGGCUCUGGAUCGGGCUGGGGAGGGGUUGGUGGCGGCGCUGGGCGCGGUACGCGCUGCUCUGGCGGCAGCGGGCGGCCCAGCCGCCCUCGGGGACCGGGAGCGGGCGCUGUUCGGCGCCCUCCUGCGCAGGCUGGCCCGGGCGCCUGGCGCGGCGCGGCCCGAGGGCCUGUGGCAAUGCUGUUUCCUGGAGGGCCCGCCUGGCCUUGUCCUCUGCGUCUUGCUGGAGGCCCUUGGCUCUGCGAGCUCUGGCCUUGACCCGAGGGAGGUAAUUGAGGUCCUGGAGCAGUUCCUGCAGCAGGGCCGGCUGUCAGCAUUACUGUGGGAGAUCUGUCAGCCCCAGGCACUGGCAGGCUGCCUGGAACUGCAGGGUGCCCUGCUCAACAAGAUCGUCUGUUUGCCCGAGCAUGUGAGCAAUAAACUCCAGGGGAAAAACCCACCAGUGUUCUUCCCACAGAACUACUUCCCUCUCCUGGGUGAUGCAGUUCUCCAGGUGUUAGAGAAGAUCUCUGACUCUCUGCAGGGUGGCUUGGACUGCUCCAUCUCUUUUGUUUCUCAUGUCUUGGGGAAGGUGUGUGUUCAUGGAUGGCAAAAGGAAAUUCUGGGAGUUUUGGUGCCCCGCCUGACAGACCUCACCAAGUCAGACUGCAUCUGGCAGAGGAUAUGCUGGCAGUUGGUGGAAUGUGUGCCAGACCGCUGGAUGGAAGCAGUGGUCCUUGGUUUUGUGCAGAGAGCACCUGGGGCAGAUGUCUUGUCCAGAUUGCUGGGUAACCUGGUUGUGAAGAACAAGAAGGCUCAGUUUGUGGUGGCACAGAAGAUGCUGCUCUUGCAAUAUGGCCACACGACAGCAGUGCUGCAGAACCUCCUUGGCUACCUGGCCCUGGACAGCGGCCGGCGCCCCUUGUUGCUCAGAGUGCUGCAGGACCUGUUGGAGACCUGGAGCAGCAGCAGUGCUGUGAAACACUCGCCAGCUGAGCAGCAGCUGUACAUUAGCAAGGCCAUCCUCAUCUGCCUCUCCCACCUGAAGGAGCCUGAAAUUGCAAGCUGCAGACAAGAGCUUCUGACAAGCAUGAUGGAGGGUGUGAAAUGCCACUUGGAGAGCAGUCUGCCCCAGCUGCGGCGUCUGGGCAUGGUGGUGGCAGAGAGCAUCAGCUUGAACAUAAACACCGAGGGGCCUGUCCUGAAGUUUGAGUAUGAAGAGGACGAUGAAACAAGAGAAUUGAAGUCCCUUCUGGUGCAGACUCCAUCAUUCUGUGUUGUCCCCAGCCUUCCAGAUGAUGACAGGAGUGAGAAAGCAGGUGCUGCACUGCCAUUGGUACCAGAGAGGAAUGAGAAAUCCUAUACAGCAGCCCCGGUUAAGGCAGAUGAGGAGUCAGAUGCUGAACUUGACAGUGAUGAUGACCUCAUCCCUUAUGACAUGUCUGAGGAUAAAGAGCUAAAACUUAAGGCUCCUAUGUAUAUCCGAGACUGUAUUGAAGUUCUGACUGGAUCAAGAUCUGAAGAUGUGGACAAAUGGGAAGCUACAGUCAAGGCACUUGAGAGCUUGGUUCGGAGGAAUCCAGUAGCAACAAGAGAGGUUAGCGUGGAGCUGGCAAAAAUAUUAUUGCAUCUGGAGGAGAAGACGUGCAUUGAAGGCUUUGUGGAGCUCCGUCAAAGAGCUCAAGUAGCUGUUUUAACCACAGACCCAAUACCUGUUGCAAAGUACUUGACCUCUCAGUUCUACUCUCUGAACUACAGUCUCCGUCAGCGCAUGGACAUCCUUGAUGUAUUGGUUUUGGCAGCUCAGGAACUGUCCUGUCCCAAAUUCCAUGGGAAGAGCAAACAUUCUGAUGUCCAAAAGCCUUGUAUCCAGCUCCUUCCGGAAAGUGACAGCUCUAAGGGCUGGAGAAGAAUUGUUGAUGAGAGGAUCAAAAGAAAGACUCGGAGAUUUGAUACGGGUCAGUCUCGUGUGGAACUGGCUUCCUGCCCAAACGAGUUCAAUUCUGUUGCUGGAUAUUUCUUUUUCCCAUUGAUUCAGCACUUUGACAGGCCUUUAACAACAUUUGAUCUCCUGGGAGAAGAUCACUUAGUACUUGGAAGACUGGUUCACACUUUAGCAGUUCUGAUGUACUUGGCUGUCAACACUGUGGCAGUGACAGCAAUGGGAAAGACACUGCUGGAAUUUGUUUGGGCACUGCGUUUCCACACGGACUCGUAUGUGCGCCAGGGCCUUUUGUCCUGUAUCUCCUCCCUGCUCCUCAGUGUCCCUGCGGAACGGAUUCUGGCAGACAUGACAGAAGAGCUGUUGGAAACUCAGUCCUGGCUGGGAGAUGUGAUGGAGAAAGACCCUGAUGGGGACUGCAGAAGGCUGGCCCUGCAAAACUUGCUGCUAAUGGAGAACUUGAAAAAGAAACUUGAAGCUGUUUCUUCCUAGCUGAAGGCCAAACAACAGACAACACUGGCAACAACUGCUUCAGCUGUAUAAGUUCACUUUACGACUAGUUGCAGUCCACCAGCACCAUCAAAAAUUAAAAGUGCCAGUGAUGGCCCAAAGAAGUAUUCCAGAAAGUUCCCCAAGCAUCAAGCACACCUGUCUGGACAGGUCACAAAUGGCCCAGGCUCCACAUUGUACCCACUGCAACAUCAGCCUCUGCCACUGCUGAGAGGUCACUGCCCUUCCCCAGCACCCACAUGUCCUAACCCCACUGCCCACCAUGGCCACCAGUGGGUCUGCCUGAGCACAGCAGAGUUCUGUUUUGAUUCUGAACAGAAUUGACCUUAUUGGAUGAUGAUGAUGAUGAUGAGAACUUUUCAUAUUGGAAAACUCACAUAAAAACAAGAUCUCAAACAAGAAAUACAAGACAUCAAAAAUACCCUCCCCUAACUUGUCAUGGGACUUGGCAGUCACAGGAGAGGAUCAGCCACCAGAAGCAACCACAUCAAACUCAAUUCUGCUCCAGCAGUUGUGUCUGGGACUCUCGGGAAAAGCAAAUAAUUGUUUUUUUCAUGGAAAAGGAAGGAGAAGAUGGCAGUGGUCUUCCAGAGACAAACACAGGAUUGGAUAUGAGUGGGUUUUCACUACUGGCCCAGACAGACUCUUGACUUUUUAAGACGCUACACAUUAUUUGCAUGGGAGGGUGCUGGGAGGUUUCACUGGGAAUGCUUUCACUCUAUGAGAUAAAAGGCACCAGAAACAGGAAAAGACUUUAAUUAAUUUUUACUGGUCAUCAUCAAACAUCCUCCUUCACCCAUCUUCAAAGGAUAGAGGCUCCCAGUCCCCCAGCUUACACCCAACUGCUGCUUACUGGGUGAGUGCCAGGCUCUGCUGCCCGGUUGCCUCCAGGUGCUUGGCGUAGUUGUAGUGGGUGGUGCGCAGGUGAACUCGGUCAUGAGCCUCGGCCGUUUCGAUGGCUUUCUGCCACUGGUUGGAGGCCUGGUAGAACUUGUUCAAGAGGUCAUAGCGUCUGCAAUCCUUGUACAGCCGCUCUGCGUCCUCCUGGGGGGAGAGGAACACCCAAAAUCCCAUCAGCCCCGACCACGCUGCAUGUCAGUCACACCAGGCACUUCUUGGAGCAGUUUAUUAGUGCAGGGCAUUGCAAUGCAAUUAAAGCAACAAUCAUUCAGUCAGAGGGUUUAACCAACUAAAUAUACAUGGCCUAGGAUAGCAUGUUAUUGGGAAACAGGAUGGUUAUGUAAAAAUAAGGAAAGCAUUCAGAUCUUGACAUUUAUUGUACAGGAUUGCCUGAGAGGGAGGGGAGUGACACGAGCAAGUCAUCAAUAAUCAAAUGCUGUCAUCAGGAGUUUUAAUCACCAAAAAUGGAGACAUGCUUAGGUGGGGGUACAGCUACCUAUCAUGCUGCCCACCCAGGGGUGGGGCUUAAGAGAAGAUCUUGGCACUCAGGGUUUGAGAAUUAAGGUGUUGCAAGCCAGGGAACCCCUGUGGCCUCCCAGCUGAUCUCAGAGGUAGCAAUGCUGUUUGUGGACAACUGAGCUCCAUUCCUGGGAAUAAAUGUUAGUAAUUUAUUGCAGAAUUAGAACAGGAGGGUUUUGCCGGUGCUGACGCAAGGGUGGGCAAAUUUGGAACUAUUAUUUUUAUUCUCUGAGAGGUUCUAACUCCUGUGGAAGGAGCACUUUCCUGCUCCACCCAACUGCUGUCCAGCUGAACACUAUAUUUAGUAAAUAAAGAUUAUCUGUCCAAGACAGAAAAAUGCUUUCUGUCUCUUAUUGUUUCAAAUUUUAAAAAGUACAGAAAGUGGAAAAGGAAAAUGCCUGCACUAAGACUCUGUACAAGAUGGAAAAAAGCAGUAGAACUGCAUUUGUUUUGCUGUAGUUCCCUUCCACCUCUCCAAACAGAUCAAAAUAUCCAAGAGAAGCGGUGCUGACACUUUUCAGCCUCAUAGUUUUCUCUGCCAGGAAGCCUUUACAAACAUUUACUUUGAAUUUUCCUUUUUUCCUUUAACUCAGAAUAGUUACUCUGUCUCUUUCUCAUACUCAUCAAGUAACUAUAGAUUACAAAAUACCUUUUCAAGCCAAAUUUUUAUUAUUUGACCAUUUUCAAGACUUCCAUUUCUGUGAAAUCUUUCUAAGAGCUGAGAAAUUUGCAUUGAUUUUGUCUGAACCUUUUCCAGUUCAUCAACUAUUUUUUCUGUAAUGAGAUACUUAAAGGCUGGAGGUCAUCAUUCCAGCUGUAGCUGCCCUGAAUACACAGACAGGAGUUACCAAAUCCAGGCCCCAGGAUUUGGCAUCUCCUCAAACAUGGCCCCAAACUGAUUUUUGCUGUCAUAGCACCUUGCUAUUUUUUAUCUAAUUCAGUAUUUCCUAUGGACUGUGGGUUAUUCAUAAAUUCUUUUCCAGUUUUUCCCUCUGACAGAUCAUAUGUCUGGAUCUCUUAUGGUUCCCAAAUGAAAAAUUUCUGGCUUUCUAAUGGAUCAUAGCUAAAGGUAUUAAAUUAACCA